AUGGCCGCGCUCGGAACCACGCCCGGCGGCGCCAAGCUCAUCGACGGCACCGCCCUCGCCAAGCAGGUCCGCGCCGACGUCGCAAAGCGCGUCGCCGAGCUCAAGCAGCAGUACGACGCCUUCCAGCCCCACCUCUGCAUCAUCCAGGUCGGCUCCAUGAGCGCAUCCUCGACCUACAUCCGCAUGAAGAAGCUCGCCGCCGAAGAGUGCGGCAUGCGAUACACCCACGUCCAGCUCGACGAGGGCGCCAGCGAGCAGGAAAUCAUCCGCCGCGUCCGCGAGCUCAACGAGGACAUCAGCGUCGACGGCAUCCUCGUCCAGCUGCCCCUCGGUGACCACAUCAGCUCCGACGCCGAGCGCAGGGUCACCGAGGCCGUCAGCCCGGAAAAGGACGUCGACGGCUUCCACGCCCUCAACAUCGGCCACCUCUCGUCCAAGGCGUGCAACCCCAUCUUCUACCCCUGCACCCCCGCCGGCGUCAUCAAGCUCCUCGAGACGGCCGGCAUCACCUCCAUGGCCGGCCUCACCGCCGUCGUCAUCGGCCGCAGCGACAUCGUCGGCAACCCGGUCACCAGCCUCCUCCGCAGCCGCGACUGCACCGUCACCCAGGUCCACAGCCGCACCCGCGACCUCCAGGCCCACCUCGCCACCGCCGACAUUGUCGUCGCCGCCAUGGGCAAGGCCCAGUUUGUCAAGGGCGAGUGGCUCAAGGAGGGCGCCGUCGUCAUCGACGUCGGCACCAACUUUGUCGAGGACGCCUCCAAGAAGUCGGGCUUCCGCAUGGUCGGCGACGUCGACUUUGAGGGCGCCUCCAAGGUCGCCGCCGCCAUCACGCCCGUGCCCGGCGGAGUCGGGCCCAUGACGGUGGCCAUGCUCAUGGAAAACGUGCUGCGGGGCGCCGAGCGCAGCCUCGCCACGGGCCGCGCGCUCGGCAUCGGCCGCGGCGUCACGACGGCCAACCCGAUCCAGCCGCUGGCCAAGGUGCCGAGCGACAUCGAGGUGGCCCGCUCGCAGAAGCCCAAGCCCAUCACCCAGAUCGCCCGCGAGAUCGGCCUGCUGGCCAGCGAGCUGGAGCCCUACGGCGACGUCAAGGCCAAGGUCCACCUCAGCGUCCUCAAGCGCCUCGCCCACCGCGCCAACGGCAAGUACAUUGUCGUCGCCGGCAUCACGCCGACGCCGCUGGGCGAGGGCAAGUCGACCACCACCAUCGGCCUGGCGCAGGCGCUGGGCGCCCACCUCGGCAAGGCCGCCUUUGCCUGCGUCCGCCAGCCCUCGCAGGGCCCCACGUUUGGCAUCAAGGGAGGCGCGGCCGGAGGCGGCUACUCGCAGGUGAUCCCCAUGGAGGAGUUCAACCUGCACCUGACCGGCGACAACCACGCCGUCCAGGCGGCCAACAACCUGCUGGCGGCCGCGCUCGACACGCGCCUCUUCCACGAGGCCACCCAGAAGGACGGCCCGCUGUUUGACCGCCUCUGCCCCAAGCAGAAGGGCGUCCGCACGUUUGCGCCCAUCAUGUUCCGCCGCCUCAAGAAGCUCGGCAUCGACAAGACCAACCCGGACGACCUGACCGACGAAGAAAAGAGCCGCUUCGCGCGCCUCGACAUCGACCCCGAGACCAUCACCUGGCGCCGCGUGACCGACACCAACGACCGCUACCUGCGCUCCAUCACCGUGGGCCAGGCGCCCACCGAGAAGGGCAUCGAGCGCAAGACGGGCUUCGACAUCGCCGUCGCGUCCGAGUGCAUGGCGGUGCUGGCGCUGAGCCGCGACCUGCGCGACAUGCGCGAGCGCCUCGGCCGCAUGGUCGUCGGCACCAGCCGGCGCGGCGAGCCCGUGACGGCCGACGACCUCGGCGUCGGCGGCGCGCUGGCCAUCCUCAUGAAGGACGCCAUCAAGCCCAACCUGAUGCAGACUAUGGAGGGCACGCCCGUGUUUGUCCACGCCGGGCCGUUUGCCAACAUCGCCCACGGCAACUCGUCGAUCCUCGCCGACGCCGUCGCGCUCAAGCUGGCGGGGACCGAGGAGGGCGAGCCCGUAUCGCGGACGGGCUACGUCAUCACCGAGGCCGGCUUCGGCGCCGACAUUGGCAUGGAGAAGUUCUGCAACAUCAAGUGCCGCGAGAGCGGGCUGGUGCCCGACGCCGUCGUCAUUGUGGCCACGGUGCGCGCGCUCAAGACGCACGGCGGCGGGCCCGAGGUGACGCCGGGCAAGCCGCUGAGCGAGGUGUACCUCGAGGAGAACCUCGAGAUCCUGGAAAAGGGGUGCGUCAACCUCGAAAAGCACAUCUCCAACGCCAAGAAGUUUGGGCUCAAGGUCAUUGUCGCCGUCAACCAGUUUUCGACCGACACCCAGGCCGAGCUGGAGCUGGUGGCCAAGAAGGCGCUCGAGGCGGGAGCCGACGCCGCCGUGCCCGCCAACCACUGGGCGCUGGGCGGUGCGGGCGCCGUCGACCUGGCCAAGGCCGUCAUCGAGCAGCUCGAGGGCAAGGCGUCGGACUUCAAGUUCCUCUACGACGUCGGCAAGCCGAUCGCCGACAAGAUUGAGAUCAUCGCGCGCGAGAUGUACGGCGCCGACGGCAUCGAGCUGUCGGAGAUGGCGCGGCGCCAGAUCCAGACGUACACCGACCAGGGCUUCAACGACCUGCCGAUCUGCAUGGCCAAGACGCACCUGUCGCUGUCGCACGACCCGGCGCUCAAGGGCGCGCCGACGGGCUUCACGCUGCCCAUCCGCGAGGUGAGCCUGUCGCAGGGCGCGGGCUUUGUGGUGCCGCUGAUUGGCUCCAUGACCAAGAUGCCCGGCCUCAACACGCGCCCCGGCUUCUACAACAUGGACAUCGACUUUGACAACAACGAGGAGGUCGUCGGCCUGUCGUAG